AGCAGCAAUUGGCAGCAUGAUCCGGCAGAGCAUCCGGCGAUUCGGCACGACAGCCCUUCGGGCAGCCGAAGCCUCAACCUCAACCUCCUACAACGUGCGCGUGUCCCAAGCGCAAGGCUUCGUCAACGGCCUGACCGAAGCAAUCGGCAACACCCCCCUGAUCCGACUGAAGAAACUCUCCGACGAGACAGGCUGCAACAUCUUGGGCAAAGCGGAAUUCCAGAACCCCGGCGGCAGCGUGAAGGACCGAGCGGCGCUGUUCGUGGUAGAGGAUGCGGAGAAGAAGGGCCUACUGAGAGCGGGCGGUACAGUUGUGGAGGGCACGGCCGGAAACACGGGAAUCGGGCUGGCGCACGUGUGUCGGUCCAAGGGGUAUAAGCUGGUGAUCUACAUGCCCAACACGCAGUCGCAGGGCAAGAUUGACCUGCUGCGGUUGCUGGGGGCGGAGGUCUACCCGGUGCCGGCCGUUGCGUUCGACAACCCGCAGAACUACAACCACCAGGCCCGCAGGCACGCGGAAUCGCUGGACAACGCCGUGUGGACCAACCAGUUCGAUAACACGGCGAACCGCCAGGCGCAUAUCGAGACGACCGGGCCGGAGAUCUGGGCGCAGACGGGCGGGAAGGUCGAUGCGUUUACCUGUGCUACUGGGACGGGGGGCACGCUGGCGGGGAUCACGCGCUACCUGAAGACGGUCAGCGAUGGGAAGGUCAAGAGCUUCCUGGCUGAUCCGCCGGGUAGUGUGCUGCAUAGCUAUAUCCAGAGUGGGGGGAAGCUUACGGACCGUUCGGGCGGCAGUAUCACGGAGGGCAUCGGGCAGGGCCGGGUGACGGACAACCUGCGGCCGGACAUUGGUCUGCUGGACGGAUCGUUGAACAUCCCCGAUGAGAAGUCAAUCGAGAUGGUCUAUCGCUGCCUGGACGAGGAGGGUCUGUACUUGGGGGCUAGCUCGGCGCUGAACGUGGUGGCCGCGCAGGAGGUGGCGAAGAAGCUGGGCCGCGGCAACACGGUGGUGACGAUCCUGUGUGAUGGAGCGUACCGGUACGCGGACCGGCUGUUCUCGGAGUCGUGGCUGCAGACGAAGGGGUUGAGGAGCGCCGUCCCGAAGCACUUGGAGCGGUACAUUGUGCUGCCUUAGAUAGUUGUAUACCUCCGUACAUCCUGUGUCAUAUAUUCACACUUCAUCUUCCAUUCAACCACUGUAUCCCUAUGCCACGAUGACUGCUCUUCCCUUCCAUCCCCCCUCGUCUAUCCUUCACCUCACCCACGCCAAACACUAAAUCCAGUACAUGUACCCCCAAAAUCCCCAUCAACCGCAACAACCAACCCCAUUGAACACAGGCUCUCGUUCCUCUUCCAUGACACCCAGAUGUAGAUAAUACCCA